CCGGGUGGCGCCCGCAGUGGCACUGGGCUGGCGAGGGCGCGGGCUACACCAGGGACUGCGAUCGAUCUGCCAGGGACGCGGGCGGCGGGGUCCGGCCGGGAGACGCUAGCGGCCCGCGGGGCAUCUCCUCUCUCGCUCCCCACCCCCUCCCCCCGGCAGGGGGAGGCGGCGUGUCUGGCGGAGGGUUGCGGGGCGCGGGGCCGGGCUGGAGCGCCAUGAGCAGCCCGGAUGCGGGGUACGCCAGUGACGAGCAGAGCCAGCCCCGGAGCGCGCUGCCCGCCGUGAUGGCCGGCCUGGGCCCCUGUCCCUGGGCCGAGUCGCUGAGUCCCCUCGGGGACAUGAAGAUGAAGGGCGAGGCGGCGGCGAGCGGCGGGGCGCCGGCCGGGCCGGCGGGCCGAGCGAAGGGCGAGUCUCGCAUCCGGAGGCCGAUGAACGCCUUCAUGGUGUGGGCGAAGGACGAGCGCAAGCGGCUGGCGCAGCAGAACCCAGACCUGCACAACGCCGAGUUGAGCAAGAUGCUGGGCAAGUCGUGGAAGGCGCUGACGCUGGCGGAGAAGCGGCCGUUCGUGGAGGAGGCCGAGCGGCUGCGCGUCCAGCACAUGCAGGACCAUCCCAACUACAAGUACCGGCCGCGGCGGCGCAAGCAGGUGAAGCGGCUGAAGCGGGUGGAGGGCGGCUUCCUGCACGGCUUGGCCGAGCCGCCGGCGGCCGCGCUGGGCCCCGAGGGCGGUCGCGUGGCCAUGGACGGCCUGGGCCUGCCCUUCCCGGAGCAGGGCUUCCCCGCGGGCCCGCCGCUGCUGCCCCCGCACCUGGGCGGCCACUACCGCGACUGCCCGGGCCUGGGCGCGCCCCAGCUCGACGGCUACCCUCUGCCCACGCCCGACACGUCCCCGCUGGACGGCGUGGAACCCGAUCCGGCCUUCUUCGCCCCGCCGCUGCCCGCGGACUGUCCGGCCCCUGGGCCCUACAGCUACGCUCCGGCCGCGGACUACGCUGGGCCCCCGGAGCCGCCCGGAGCUGGGCCCCUGCACCCGCGGCUGGGCCAGGAGCCUGCGGGCCCCGCGAUGCCGGGCCUCCUCGCGCCCCCCAGCGCCCUGCACAUGUACUACGGCCCCGUGGGCUCCCCGGCGGCGGCGGGGGGCGGGGGACGCGGCUUCCAGAUGCCGCCGCAGCCGCCCCCGCCCGGCCCGGGGCAGCCGUCGCCCCCGCCAGAGGCGCUGCACUGCCGGGAUAGUGCAGACCCGGGGGCCCCGGCCGAGCUACUCGGGGAGGUGGAGCGCACGGAGUUCGAACAGUACCUGCACUUUGUGUGCAAGCCGGAGAUGGGGCUCCCCUACCCAGGACACGACGCCGGCGUGACCCUGCCCGACGGCCACGGGGCCCUGUCCUCGGUGGUGUCCGACGCCAGCUCCGCGGUGUAUUACUGCAACUACCCCGACGUGUGAGCCGUCCCCGCCCGCAGGGCCUGCGGCCAGAAGCGCGCACAGUGUUACACACCUCCCCAAGGAUCGAGGGACACUCAGCCUCGCGUCGCGUUGUGUUUUUAAAUUGCCUUGGCGUAUAAUUUAUGGUAAUUUAUUUUGUCUGCCACUUGAACACUUGGGGGGGGGUGGGGAGUAAA